AUGAGCAAUCCUACCACUUCCAGUCAGGAAUUCACCACGGUGCCCAUUGGCAAUGAGGAUACCGUGGCUUCUGCCAACAAUAAUAACAAUAAUGGUAAUAAUAAUGACAAUGACAACAACAACAACAACAACAUGUCAAGCAAAGAAAAGGCUCCCAAUCGCAUGAUGCGCACCACCAAGAAUGCUUGGCGCAAGGCCGUGGGAUGCUGCAAAAAGUCCACCCCUCGCACCAAGAUUCGUCUACGAGAACAUGAGAUUGCCAAGCGCAAGAAUGCCUUUGGGAUGCAAUACAUUGAUUUGGUCUGCACCCAUGCGACAGAAGAGCAACUCCAACAAGCAGUCCAAGCUUGUUUGCAAGACAUUGAAGGAUUGAUGCAAGAAAUUAUCGACUUGGAAAACAAGAUUGAACAAGUCUCGGAAGAAACCAAGUCCAAGAUCAAGACCCAACCAACUGGAAGUAGCAGUACAAAUAAUAAUAAGGCCUUGUAUGCCAACAGUGGAUUGUAUUCCGGUGGUGAUCCCAGCAUUGAAGAAACCGAAGACGAAGACGAUGUCAAUCAUCAUCAUCAUAACAACAACAACAACAACAACAAGAGUCCACCACCCCAAGGAGCCUUUUCCAUUACAGAAAACGACGACGACGACAAUGCCGAUUUGAACAAGGACUCGUGGCUUCCACCACCACCAUCCUCUCUACCUCCAGCAGUUCCGGUGGAAGACAAACCCUCAGCAUCUGCCUACUAA